AAAGCAUUAUGUUAAAACAACUUAGAUCUUCAUAGUACAAUGCCAAGAUUCAUCUGGUCAGCGAGUGGGUAGAGGAGAGGAGGACCAGCCAGGACCGGGCUGGGUCGGCCUAACCAUCAUCCCCCACGGACCGGAAUGUUAAGGUUGAUCUGGGCCAAACCGUCCACGGUGACGUUGAACGCUGAAGAUUUUCCUGCAGCCGGUCAGAAACCACUGUCACCAUCAUCAUCAUCACUAGCUACCACCACCUCAACAAUGAGCGACGACGAGCAGACCAAACUGCUGGAGUGUGCCGGUGCCAGGUCCGCGUCGCCCGGGAAGAAACCCCCGCGGAUGCCCAAGUGUUCCCGGUGCAGGAACCACGGCUACGUGUCGCCGCUGAAGGGACACAAGCGCUUCUGCAACUGGAGAGACUGUCAGUGCCAGAAAUGCAAACUGAUCGCCGAGCGGCAGAGAGUUAUGGCGGCCCAGGUGGCUCUGCGACGGCAGCAGGCUCAGGAGGAGGAGAUGGGGCUCUGUAGCCCAGCCACGCUGUCCAGUCAGGAGGUUGUUGUGAAGAAUGAACCCACCGGAGACUGUCUGUCCUCAGUGUCUGGAGGACGAUCCCCUACCUGUGGAAACACCUCUGCUGGUACCUCACCUUCUAAUGCAGGUAGUCGUUCUGGCCUGGCUUCCAGCCCCACAGCGUUCAGUAGGGGGCAGUCUACUGAUGGAACAGCUGACCUCCUGGUGGAUACCUCCUACUACAACUUCUACCAGCCAUCACGCUACCCUGCAGCCUACUACAGUAACCUGUACAACUACCAACAAUACCAGAUGCCGAACGGCGAGAGUCGUCUAUCCAGCCACAACAUGUCUCCUCAGUACCGGAUGCAUUCUUACUACUCCUCUGCCUCCUACCUCAGCCAGGGGCUAGGCCAGGGGUUGGGCCAGGGGCUGGGCCAGGUGCUGGGCCAGGGCUUGGGCCAGGGGUUGGGCCAGGGGUUAGGCCAGGGGUUGGGCCAGGGGCUGGGCCAGGGGUUGGGCCAGGGACUGGGGACCACGGCAGCCUGUGUUCCCCCCAUCUUCUCUCUGGAGGACAACAACACCUGCCAUGAGACCAAGCAGACCUCCUACUCCCCAGUCAGUGACGGCCAUGACGGUCUGUCCUGUCUGUCCAUCAGCUCCCUGGUCAACAGCUCUGAGGGGAAGACUGAGUGUGACGGACAUGACCAGGGACAGGGUUUUACUGUCGACUCCAUCAUAGAGGGAAACAACAAAUAACCAGAGAGAGGAAGAAGAGGAGAGAGGAAGAAGAGGAGAGAGAAAAACAUCUAUAAUCACACUCUUUUGAAAUCUAUUUGUUGAAAUAAAAGGUUUUGUUUCUGUAAACUUUCUUCAUUGUGAAGAUAUUGGAAGUGUUAUGUUUUCCUGUCUGAGCUCUUUAGAAAUGGUUGUAGUGAGUGUGUGGUCUGUAAGCCAGGGGGAAGGGGAACAUACAGGCUAGAUAUGAAUCAUGUUGCCUCCUGAGAGCUAUGCCAGUCUAUACCAGUCAAUAUCAGUCUAUAUAGGGAAUAUACCAGUCUAUACUACUCUAUACCAGUCUAUAUAGGGAAUAUACCAGU